AAAAAAAUUAAAAUAAGAAUUUUAGUGAAUUGCAUUCUUUAAAGAAAUACGGUUAGCAGAUUUAUCCGGCUGUAUCUAUGCCAUUAUUUAUAUCAUCCUUGUUUUCCUUUCCCUUCAAACUACCCCUGGUGGAAAAGAUCAUAUAGAAUAGCAAAAAGAUAUAAAACGGAUGGGCAACCUAUUUUGCAGUGUACAAGUUGACCAAUCAACAGUUGCUAUCAAGGAAAGUUUUGGGAAGUUUGAUGAAGUUCUUCAACCAGGAUGCCAUUGUUUACCUUGGUGUCUCGGAAGCCAGCUUGCCGGCCAUCUCACACUCCGGUUGCAGCAGCUAGAUGUGCGUUGUGAGACUAAGACAAAGGACAAUGUUUUUGUCAACGUUGUUGCAUCUGUACAAUAUCGUGCCCUGGCAGAGAAGGCGUACGAUGCUUUCUACAAACUUAGCAACCCCAGGACACAAAUUCAAGCCUAUGUUUUUGAUGUUAUCAGGGCAAGCGUUCCAAAGCUUGAUUUGGAUGAUGCUUUUGAGCAAAAGAAUGAUAUUGCUAAAGCAGUUGAAGAUGAGCUUGAAAAGGCUAUGUCUGCUUAUGGGUAUGAGAUUGUCCAGACCCUCAUUGUUGAUAUAGAACCGGAUGAACAUGUGAAAAGGGCAAUGAACGAAAUUAAUGCUGCUGCAAGGAUGAGAGUUGCAGCCAACGAGAAAGCAGAGGCCGAGAAGAUUAUACAGAUUAAGAGGGCAGAGGGAGAGGCAGAAUCCAAAUAUCUAUCAGGAGUUGGUAUUGCCAGGCAGCGCCAGGCAAUUGUUGAUGGCCUAAGGGACAGUGUGCUUGGCUUCUCGGUCAAUGUUCCAGGGACUACUGCUAAGGAUGUUUUAGACAUGGUCCUCAUUACCCAGUAUUUUGAUACCAUGAAGGAAAUUGGGGCUGCCUCUAAAUCUUCAUCAGUGUUUAUCCCACAUGGACCUGGUGCAGUUCGAGACAUUGCAACCCAGAUCCGAGAUGGGUUGCUCCAGGCAUCUCACCAUCAUGAAUAAAAGCCUUAUAUGGUUGAGUUUCAUAAGCAACAAGCUACUGUUAUGUUAAGAUUACGUCAAUACCUGGGAAGUCAUCUAACGGAUAGCCAAGCUUUACCGGCUAUCCUUGGGGGUUUUGAGUGAAAUCUGCACCCAGUUCCUCUGUUUAGAAAUAUGAAUGUAAUUGCUGUUUGUAUGGUACCUCGUAAUAUCAACUAAGGAGAUAGAUAUACGGGUCAUAUUC